AUGAACCAAUUGAAAUCGGCGCACGAUACUCGCGAUGUGUUUCAUGGUAAGAACAUUUUCAAAGUUUGGGAAACAGAGGAGGAACGAUGGAUUCAAGAGACUCAAAACAGUGAUUAUGACUUCCCAGCUUUAGAACAUUCAAAAUAUCAGAAUGUGGAAAGAGACAAAGAUUUAAACAGUUGUAUAGACGCCUCGAGUCCUAUCAUAUGUCAAAAUUUAACCUGGUCUGUCGACGGCACAUCCCUGGUUGCAGUGUUCAACGAUUUUGGCGUACGUCAGUAUUUGGUGCCAGAAGAGUUAGAGUCAACGUUAAUUCCCUUCAAGCGAUUUUUCAGGUCCCAGUCUAUAAUGGAAAGCUGUGUCCAUCCUCAAUAUUCCCUUUUUAACGGUAACGAGGGCGUAAACGUAAUGCUCGCGUCGUCAAGAGAUUUGCCGAUUCAAUUGUUUUCGCUGUCACCGCAUGCGACAGACCACGCGUCUUUAUUUAAUUAUUCGGUGAUGAAUGCAGAAAAUGAACGCUAUGAAACGAUAUUUGCGUUGAGCUUCUGCCAGGAUUCCGUGUUUCUGGCGGGUACUGAGCGGAACAAAUUUUUGGCAUAUGAUAUAAAUCGUAAGAAUCCUAUAUGGUGCGGUGUGGGCAAUCAAUUUGGUAAAAAAUCAUCAGGCAAGGUCAUGCAUCGCAGCAUCGUGUCAUGUUUCGAUGAAACAAGCGAUCCACAAAAUUAUCCGUCGAUGCGCUACGGGGGUUCUUACAGAUGUGACAUUUUCGGCGUCGACACGAGAACCAAAGGUCCGCUACUCCUGGCAGACAAAGAAGCGCUAGGAAUAAGAGACGGCUCGUGUGGCAUUGUCCAAAUACUUUCAAGCCUCAACAAACAUUAUUUGUACGUUGUGAAGAGAAAUAGCAACACUAUUGACAUUCUAGAUGUCAGGAAUGGCUUUUCUAGAGUUAAUGAAUUUAUUCUGCCUUUCAGCAUCAAAAAACAAAAGUUCAAAGCAACGUUAGACCCUGUGAAUGGACUAAUGAUUGGUACCGCGAGCGGACAUAUUCUACAGUGGUCCAGCGGCAUGGUCGAAUUUGGGGGACUUUCCUCCAGAACAAAUGAGGAAUUUUUGACCGAGUCCAAACCGAGUUCGACAUUUGCUACCUCGUAUAAUACAAGCAAAAUUAACAUACUCACUUCGAACCCAUCGGACCCGCGUUUCGUAGCAGCUUCGUAUUCCCCAGAUAAACAUGAUGAUUUGGACUGCGAGGCAAAUUCAGGAUUGUCCAUAUUUGACUUAUAA